AUGAAGUCAAGGUUGGAGAUAAGAGACGACAAUAAAACAGAUAAGAAUGAUAAAUUACCAGAGUUGAGUGCCUUGGAAGAAACUUACCAAAUCAGCAACCAAGAUUUAAAAUCGUUACUGGACAUCACCACCAACCUUCAAAUUCCUCAGACACAUUCGCCAGCUAGUUUCUCUAAACGAUUGAGAAACGGACACGUAGUCCAGUUGAUAAGUGACAAUCCACAAAGUGACGAUAACAUAUUUGUGAAAAGGAUAUUAUUGAAUGUAGUUGGUGGUCGACGUACGUCAGUUGUCAGUCAGAAGCUGCUUGAAUGGUUAUCCACUGCCCCCAGUCGAGAGUUAUUCGCUAAUUAUGGAAAACGACUGUCGGAUAUUUUAGUUAGUGCUAGUGGUGGUCAUCAAGCCUGGUUUUCUGGAUAUGGUAAAAGGAGCAUAGCUGAUUAUUUGAGCAAGCAGAAAUCCCACCAUCAAGUGAUACCUCAUCAAUCGCGAACAAUCCAAUCUCAUCCUUUUGAAUACAAACCGUUUGUCAAUCACGAUAGUUUUAUCAACCAAUAUCAACAAGCAAAAGGGCACAAAAAUGACAAUGUAUAUAAACAAAGAGACCUGCGGUUUUCAGCCACUAAACGGAAGAGACGGUCAAUCUUACCCUUAGACUUUUCAAAAAUCAGAAGUAAAAUUUCGUUAUUGAGGCACUUACACGGAACACCCGUCCAAAUUGAUAAAUUCUUACCUUCCCUGAAGCGAUCCGACAGAAAUGAUAUCCACGAUCAACAGAGUCGGGUUAGGGAUUAUGUUAAGCGACUGGAGCGUAAUUUUCAAACCCACCAAGCAUGGUUUGCCGGAUAUGGUAAACGGAAUGGUAAAGACACAACGGGACAUCAAGCGUGGUUUGGUAAAAAACGGGUUAGUAAAGAUUUGGCAAGCCACCACACGUUGCUUACUGGAUACCAUAAACGCAACGAUAAACAAUCUCCAGAUCACCAAGCCUGGUUCGCAGGAUACGGGAAGCGACCAAAGCCUAGUUUUCAAACUCACCAAGCAUGGUUUGCCGGAUAUGGAAAACGAGGGAAAAGUUUAAAUUCGGGUCACCAAGCAUGGUCUGCCGGAUUUGGAAAGCGCGGAACAAACGUCAAUUCGGAUCACCAAGCUUGGUUUGCCGGAUAUGGCAAACGCGGGAAAAAUUCAAAUCCGAGUCACCAAGCAUGGUUUGCCGGAUAUGGAAAACGCGGAACAAACGUCAAUUCGGAUCACCAAGUCUGGUUUGCUGGAUAUGGAAAGCGAGGAGGCAAGUUGACUUCUGAUCACCAAGCCAGGUUUGCCGGAUAUGGGAAACGAGGAAGCAAGUUGAAUUCGCAUCACCAAGCUUGGUUUGCCGGAUAUGGGAAACGCGGGAACAACGUCAACUCGGAUCACCAGGCAUGGUUUGCAGGAUAUGGAAAACGCGGAGAGGACGUCAAUUCGGAUCACCAAGCCUGGUUUGCCGGAUAUGGAAAACGCGGGAAAAAUAUAAAUUCGGAUCACCAAGCAUGGUUUGCCGGAUAUGGGAAACGCGGGAAGAAGGCCAAUUCGGAUCACCAAGCCUGGUUUGCCGGAUACGGAAAACGCGGAAAGAAAUUAAAUUCGGAUCACCAAGCUUGGUUUGCCGGGUAUGGGAAACGAUCGAUUGACUAUUUAAAAAACCAAAGGAUUUUAUCAAAUCUACUAAAUCAUAGUUUUAUCCCGAGUAAAUAUAUUGACUCAUCCCAGGAUCACUUUUAUAGUUUUAAAAACCAUCACAGAUUGGAACCAAAUAAAACCAAAAGUAAUUUGGGUCGGGGCAUGACUGUGAUUCCAUAA